CAAUCCUCCGGGCUCCAGGCGCUCUGAACGCUUCGCUUGUCUCGUGCUCGGAACCGCAUAAUGACGCGGAAUUUCUACUCACCCGUAUUUUCCCACGUUGACAGGCAGAAAGAGAAGUCUCCGUGCCAUCUGGUGGAGCUCCGCUGAUAAGCCAACCGGCGAUGCGAGCUUUCGAUUCCGCGGCUGGUUCUCUGAAUUUUCCCAACAUGUCAGCACAGUUGUACUCGGGGUUCGCUUUCUAUGACGCUAGGCAGAUCAAUGUGCAUGAGCUUUGACAAAGCGAAUGGUGACAGGAAUGCGAAGCUUACAGCACCCUGUCAAGCCAAUUCAUCACGCAAAGCCCGGGUCGAGGUAUGUUCCACCGUGCGCUGCAUGUUUUUCCCCGUCGCUGGCACUCGAUGACGCACAGCGGCGACAACCCAUUUUCCGAGACUCCUAUGACACACAGUUGUGACGGCCCAGUGUCCGGUAAUUCCAGUUGAAAAGGGUGAGCUGCGAGUCCGUCUUUUUCCUCACCAGCCGCCUUCAAGCAGCCUCUGCCCGAGAAACAUGCUUGCCCUUCGCCACUUCACUUCGCUCUUGCUCCUCGUCUCCACCGCGUUCGUGGCUGCCAGCCCCGCUCCUCUCCCCGAGGUCGGUGCGGUUGCCGCCGUCGAGGAGCGCGGCUCCGGUGUCGAUGUCGUCGGAAUCAUCGUCACUCUCCAGGCCUCGGUCGCUGUCGUUCUGCCACAGAUCGACAAUCUCUGCACCAGUGGCCAAGCCACCGACCUCACCAUCGCCCCACUCAUCGUCGAGUUAGAAGCGGCCAUCGAGAUCGCCGUCGUUGCUCUCGGCACUGUUCCGCUCUCCGGCAUCGGCUCUCCGUCCCAGUGCGCGGGUCUGAUCGCUGAGAUUAUCGAGGAUAUCACCCACACGAUUGAAGGUUGCCAGGGCGUAGGCACCAUCCUCACGCUUGGGACUCUCGUGGCUGGGCUCGACCAAGCGAUCCAGGGACUGCUGCUCACGGUCGAGACUGUCCUCGCGGGUGUGCUUGUUCUCGUGGCGGGACUAAUUGUUGAUGUCGUUGCGCUGCUGAAGUCGCUUCUGUUCGGCCUGACCCUGGGCUGCCUCGGACUCUGAUCGCAUUAGCGGCUGCAACGUUUGGAAAUCUGAGUCGCGUAAGUAUCUCCCGUUCAAUCGUUCUACACUCGAAAUUUUGUUCGUCAAUCUGUGAAUCUUCGUUAUAAAACUUGUUUUUCCGUUGUCCCAUCCCCGAACACAGGACUCCAAUCCUCUAGAGUGUUGGCAGUCCUGGCUCUCUGGAGCGUCCCAGCUUACAUCGAUGUAACGUGAAGUGUCGGAGGUUUCGCAGCGGACCGGACCUGACAUGAUUCCUUUUUCAAAUAAAGUCCGUUGAAUCUUCGAUUUCGAUCUUGCGGAUAUUCUGUGACAGUGUCUGUAUUCAGU